AUGGUGCUCUCUGCCAGCGUAGCAUGUCAUCGCUGGUACCGGCCGGCCGCCCAAACCGCGGCUCAAGCUGUAAACUGCCGCCGCCAUGAACGAAUACUGGGAUCUCUCGCCGCCCCCCCCCUCGACACUCGGGACCACGAUGUGCCACUGCUAGGUCGUCAGCUCGCUGGCCGACGGGUGGCGCUGAUGAUCUGUGGUGGUAUCGCUGCCAUGAAGACGCCGCUGUUGGCCCGGGCGCUGCGCAAACGGGGCGCCGAGGUGACCGCCUUCGUCUCUCGCGAGGCGCUGCGCUACGUCACCGCCGACGCCCUCGAAUGGAGCACCCAUCGGCCCGUGGUCGAGCGUCUCAGCCCGGCCGCCGAGCAUUUGAGCGAUGCCUCGCCCUUCGAUGCCUACUUGCUGCCGCAGGCGACCUACAACACCAUCAACAAGUUGGCUUGCGGCAUUGCCGACGGCGUGCUCACCUCGACCUUGGCCUCGGCGCUGGGGCGCAUGACCCAGGGCCGGGCGGCGGUCCUCGUAGUGCCGACCAUGCACGCUCGAUCAGUUAGGGUGCGGGUGGUACCACCGAGGGCCGGCUACGGCAAGCACAACAUUCCCGACGACGAGGUCUUGGUGGCCGAAGUCUGCCGCGCGGUCAGCCGCUCGCCGCUCCGGGGUCGCAAGAUCCUGGUCACCGGCGGGCCGACGCCGGUGGAGAUCGACGCCGUGCGCCGGUUGACCAACCGCUUUCGCGGCCGGCUCGGUAUUGCCGUCACCGAAGAGCUUUUUCUGCGCGGAGCCGAGCCCCUGCUGGUGCACGGCGACGGUGCCCACCCGGCGCCGCUACAUCUGCCGCAUCAGGUGGUGCGAACUUUCGACGAGUACCGCGAGGCGGUCCAUAACUCGUUGGCCGACGGCGACUACCUGGCUGGCAUCUUCACCGCCGCGGUGGCCGACUACCGGCCCACCGAGGUGCUGCCCGGCAAAACCCCUAGCGGUGGUCGGCUGAAGAUCGACAUGGUGCCGACCCAGAAAGUCAUCGAAGAAGUCCGCCAGCGAUGUCCCAGCCUGCACAUGGUGACCUUCAAGUAUCAGGAAGGUGUUUCCCACGACGAGCUGAUGGCGAUCGGUCGCCAGCGCCUGGAACGCUACGAGUCGCCUGGUUGCUGCGCCGCGACGCCGAGCCCCAGCGAAUCGAAGGCAAACCCGAGAUUGCCGAGGCCCUGA